AUGUUCAGGACCAAACGCUCGGUGCUCGUUCGGCAGCUUUGGAGGAGCCGUGCGUCUGGCGGCGAGGAAGAGGAGGCGGCGGCGGGAGGGGGUGAACCCGGAGCGGCAGCGGCCGAGGCCCGGACGCAUGUCUGCGGCGGGGGGCGUGGGUGCUGCCCAGGCAAAACGGGCCGCUGUGGCCGGGCGGCCGCGGAGGCAGAACUGAAGGCGCUGACCCGCGCCGUGUUGAAGCGGUUGAAGGAGCGGCAGCUGGAGGGCUUGCUGCACGCCGUGGAGUCCCGCGGCGGGGCUCGGACACCCUGCCUGCUGCUACCGGUCAAGGCCGACUCCUGCAUGGGCCAACACUGGUACCCGUUGCCGGUGUUGCUCUGCAAGGUGUUCCGCUGGCCUGACCUCCGCCACUGUUCGGAAAUGAAGCGGUUACGUUGCUGUGAAUCCUAUGGCAAAGCUCAUCCCGAGCUAGUCUGCUGCAACCCGCACCACCUCAGCCGGCUCUGCGAUCUAGAGUCUCCCCCUCCACCUUACUCCAGAUAUCCAAUGGAUUUUCUCAAGCCAACUGCAGAUUGUCCAGACUCUGUGCCUUCCUCUACUGAAACAGGGGGAACUAAUUUUCUUGCCCCUGGGGGGCUUUCAG